UAUACAACGUCAAAGACAUUUAUGUCGAAAUCAAUUUCUUUUUCCGUCAGGUAUAUUGGAUCGAUCCUCAAUGGAACGCCAGUCCCGGCCCAAGCAGUGCGAUUCUGGGAAUAAUUGCUUCACUCGACGUUAACUACCAGCAGGCUUGGGACGGAGUUCUCCGCUAGACUAGCUACAAGGUGGGAGUACAAAAUCUCAGACACCUAGCUACAAAAUAUGGAAGCUUAUCGGAUAGUGUAUUCUUGAAAACGCUGAAAGAAGUUACCCAGGUUGACCUGAAUCGAACCAUUUUAUCAUGACUUCGUUUGUCUAAAAGUAUGGGACACGGGAUUGACUCUAGGAUGCUAACCAUGCUUUUUUAUGUGUUUUAUUUCACAGGAUCAGACAGCGCCAUAAUAAUCAAAGAGGAGGACUUGGGGAAUCUUUCCUGUCACAAGUGUGAGGAGAACUUUAAGCAGCAGUGGGAUCCAUACACAGUCUGCCAAAUACAGCCCAAUAAUACCCCGCUCAUACCCUGCCUAAGGUCGGAAACUUACUGCAUGGUUGAGCGAAUUUCUAUAAUGGGUUUGACAACCAGCAUCAAACGUGAGUGUGCAGCCGAGUGUUACUACGGCUGUAGAUCAAAGAACUUCGGAGUGACGACACGGUCGUGCACUUCCUGUUGCCAAACGACCGGAUGUAACACUGGGAACGCAGCGGAAGUGAUAACCCAAUCAAAGUAUUGCCUGAUUGUACUGUUUUUACUAAUGACAUCACUUCAAUUCGUUCGAUAGGUACAUUUUUCAUCCAUGUCAACCCGAUCAUGUUUUUGAUUUGCUGUUUAUUGUUGCUGAAUAAAUAUUGAUUGAU